AAGCCCUGGAGGACCCGUCCAGCGCCGGCGUGGUGGCGGGCGCCGUCAUCGGCUCUCUGCUGGCCCUGCUCCUGGUGGCGACCCUGGUGGCGGUCCUCCUGACCCGCGGCCGCCGCCAGCAGGGGCGGGGCUUCCCCAGCAGCGGCGACUCGCUCGCCACGGGGAGCAGCGGUGGCAGCAACGGCGCCGACUACGGCAACAAGGCCCGCCUGCUGUUCGGCGGCGGCGGUGGGGGCAAAAACGGGUCGGGCGCCAACAACAACGGGCCCGUCUACACGUACCGGGAGGGCUGCGACGCCACGGGCACGCUAACAGAGAAGCCCAACAACUUCCACCACCAUCAUCUUCACCACGCCUCCGCCGGCGACCCCCCCACCGCCCACGACAUCCUCCUUUGCAGCGACGUGGGCGAAGCCGAGAGGAGGAAGUUCCAGCUGGACGACAGCAUGGAGGAGGAGGAGGAGCAGUACGACCGCUUCGUCGGCGGGGGCGGGAACAUGCUGCCUCCGGCCUACCACCCCCACAGAGCCCAUGGCGGCGAGGCCCAAAUGGACGUGUACCUCGACGACGACAUGGAGUCCCAGAGAGACGGCUCGGUCAUUUCCCGGACUGCCAUUUACGUGUGAGGGGCGGAGCAGAGGGGCUGGAGGAGGUGGGGGGCGUUGGGAACAAGCCCCGCCCACCACAGAUAUUAAAGUCACCUUCAUUAGAUCGACACCUUCCUGCUUGCAGCUCUGAUUCAACCAUCAGUACUUUCCUCUGUAGAAAACAUAACGAUGAGAAGAAAACCAAGUUGUGACGUCGAAGCAGAAGUUGUGGUAGCGUUUGUGCACUGUGGCUGAAUAUGUGAGUCGUUUUUUUUUUUUUUUUUGUCAAAUAUUAAAAAAAUCAAAUCAAAUCAAAUCCUGCCAAAAAGGAAAGGAGCAAAUCUGGACGCGACGCUGCUUCCUGCUACGUUCUUGUUGCUUCAGCUUUGAUGUGACUUUGUUCUUACUGGAACGUGAUGAUCAGUGUUGCAGAAUUAUCACUACUUAAAGCUCAACUUUGUGCGUCGACACUACAGGAAAAAGACUUCUACGUUUAAAAACUAUAAAUAUAUAAACUCUGAACCAUGACUCUGCAGAGGGGGGACGUUGUUGCAGACGGCAGCUUUUACAGUCCAAGACUUGAAAAAGGCCAAAUGUCUCACAACUUUCUGUGAAUCCCAGAGAAGAGACUCUUUUUGUGGGUUUGCAGAGGCACUGCCCCCCGCCCCCUCCCCACGAUGUGAGCACGGGACCGCCAAACAGACCUAACAGUGUGUGUUAAUGUGUGGCUGGCUGUGGUGUUAAUGACGUGCAUCAUCCUCAGACCGGGCGGCAGCGUGUGACAGCACAGUUGUUGUUGUUGUUGUUGUUGUUGUUGUUGUAGAUGUUGUUGUUGUUACUUUUGUGUAAUGGUGUUGAUCUUGCUAAGAAAAAAGAUUCACCAGGAGCCUUGGGGGGGUUUGACGAAGUUUCACGUUGAGUCCGUAAUGACUCGUUCAGUGAAUAAAAGAAUUGUUUUUCUUUUGUUUCCGACUCUCCGUGUUUUCUCACUCUCUCUGCACCUCCUCUCCUCUCUGCACCUCCUCUCCUCUCUGCACCUCCUCUCCUCUCUGCACCUCCUCUCCUCUCUCCGUCCCGUCCUCUCUGUAUCUAUUUAUACCACGGGUGUCUGAAACAAGUGCCGUUAUCGUUGUGUGCACAGAGUGCUGUUGUGUGUUUAUGGUCCUAUCUGGGUUGCGUUCAGUGAGGCAGCAUCUUCGCCUGCUUUGCUGGAAGCUGUUCUAUCUUGUGUGCCGCUUUUUUUUGAAUGUUUUUAGGCUGUUUUUAUACAUAUAUAUAUAUUCUGUUUGAAUUGAACACAGUUCAAGAUGCAUUUCUAGAGGAGAUGCAACUUCCUCUCUCUUGCUGUAAAAAUGGCAGAACUUGUUAAAUUAAAUGUGUCAGCGAAA